GGGGGGGUGAGAAAGCGAGCCUAUUGUCUUCUGCGGUCGGCGGCUUUCCUCCUGAGGGAACUUACUUCGCCGUCUCUGUGGCCGCAGGGUGAGAGUAAGGAGUUGCUUUUAGAGGCACCAGCCUCUACUAAUGUUUAGGCUGUUCACGGAAACUGUUUCAGAAUGGCAGAAGAAUCUGCUGCUCCCUCCACUUCUGCGGACAAAACCGAAAGUAUGGAUGCGGAUGGAGAAGCCAAGAAAUUACUGGGCUUGGGGCAGAAAAACCUGGUAAUGGGAGAUAUUCCAGCUGCUGUUAAUGCAUUCCAGGAAGCUGCUAGCCUAUUGGGUAAGACGUAUGGUGAAACAGCAAAUGAAUGUGCAGAAGCUUUCUUCUUCUAUGGGAAAGCUCUCUUGGAGCUCGCAAGAGUGGAAAAUGGAGUGCUGGGAAAUGCCUUGGAAGGCGUUCAGGUGGAAGAGGAGGAAGAAAAGGCAGAAGAAAAGGCAGAAGAUGCAAUGGUAGAAAGUGCUGAUAAUAUAGAUGAAGAAGCAAGGGAGGAAUUAAGAGAGCAGGUAUACAAUGCCAUGGGGGAAAAGAAUGAGUCCAGAAAAACUGCUGAAGAAUCUCUGGUACAGAUUGAAGCUGAGACACAGCUGAAAAACAAGGAUAUGGAAAUGGAAGAAGUUAAGGAAGAAAAAGUAAAACAAACUAUGGAUAUAGAACACACAACUCUUAAAGAGAGAAAGGAAGAAGGGGAAAAAACAGAAAAGCAAGAUAAUGCACAAAAGCAGGUAGAGAUGACUGUAAAAGAAAAAGAGGUUGAACUAUCUCCUGAGAUAGCCUUAGAGGUCAGUGAUGCUGUGAAAGAGAAGGUUGCUGUAGAAGAUUCAACUGGGGGAAAGUCGGUGGUGGAAGAGGCUGGAGAAGAUACUACUGAAAAAAAAGAUGUGACAGCAGAAGAGGCAGCUGGAGAAGAAAAGCCAGUGACAACAGAAACAGCUGGGGAAGAUGCUACUGUAAAGAAAAAGCCAGUGACUGUAGAAGAGGCAGAUGGGGAAGAAAAGCCUGUUGAGAUAGGAGCUCUGGAGAAGAUGGAAGAAGAGGCAGAAAAGCUUGUAGCUUUGGCUACUAAACAGGUAGAAAUUAAUCCAAUAGUAGAGGAGCCAGUAAAAGUUUCAGGUGAGGCAGUAGAAGAAAAGGAAUUGGUGGCAGCUGUUAAGAAAGUUGAAGGCAAGGUAGAGACAGCAAUAGAGAAUGCAGAAAGGCAGCCAGCCAGAGCUAUUGAUGGAAAGAUAGAGAAAAUGGAGACGACAGAACAGGUGGACAUGGACUCGAAAGAAAAGGAAGAGUUAGAAGAGCCCUUGGUUUCAACAGAAGCAUCAUCCGCAAGUAAGAGUAUGCCUGCUGAGGGUACAGAGCCAUCACAUAAAAUACAAACUGAAGAAAAAGUUGAAGUUGCUGCUAAGGUAGAAAAGGAGGAAGAAAAGGAUGACCAAAUGGGAGAGGGCGAAGAGACAGAAGGAUCAGAAGAUGAUGACAAAGCUGGAGAGGAUAGAGAAAAUGACUCUGCUGUUGAAGAGAAGGAGAGUGAAGAUGAUGUUGGAAACCUAGAGUUGGCCUGGGAUAUGCUGGAGUUGGCAAAAGUAAUAUAUAAGAGACAGGACACAAAAGAAGCUCAGCUCCAUGCUGCUCAGGCUCACCUAAAACUAGGAGAAGUUAGCAUCGAAUCUGAAAACUACACUCAAGCUAUAGAAGAGUUUCAUUCUUGCCUGACAUUGCAGCAGAAGUAUUUAGAGGCUCAUGACCGUCUGCUUGCCGAGAGUUACUAUCAUCUGGGUUUAGCCUAUCACUACAACAGUCAGUUUGAUGAAGCUGUGCUGUACUACAGUAAAUCAGUUGAAGUAAUUGAUAAAAGAAUGGUAAUGUUGAAUGAGCGGUUAAAAGCAGAUGGAUCAAUUGAGGACGAGUCAGAAUAUGUAGAACUUGAGGAACUUCUUCCUGAAAUUCAAGAAAAGAUCGAAGAUUCAAAGGAGUCUCAAAAGAAUGCAAGAGCAGCUGGACUGGCUUUGAAAGCAACUCUGGUUGGUGGAGGAUCAUCUUCUAGCUUUUCACAGGGGACUGAAAGCAGUUUGGCUUCAACAAUGCCAGUUGGACAAACAGCUGAUGGAGCAUCUAAGUGUAUUACAGACAUCUCCCAUCUUGUUAGAAAAAAGAGGAAACCAGAGGAAGAGACUCAACAGGGAGACAAUGAAGCUAAGAAAUCUAAACCAGAACCGGCUGUCAAUGGAGGUGGUGAUGCUGCCCCCAGUGGAAAUGAGAUUGCAGAGAAAAUGGAAGAGGAGACAGAGGAAAGGCCACAAGUUGAAACAGUUCAAACUGCUGUAUGAUAGAUCUUUAAUAUUGGACACUCCCUCCCAAGGACAAUGGGUUUUGUAUAUAAUGUAUUUUUUCACUUUUGGCAACUUUUUUAUUCAAUAAAGAUUGUACUCAAACAUCAA